AUGGUACCUUUAACCCAGACAGACAGCAUUGACGUCAGACGAGAAUGCGUCCUCAAAGGUCUUUGUGUCUACUUGAAUGAAGAUCCCGAGAAGCUGGUGAAGGAAUACACGACGGCUGACGAAAACAUUGGCACGGCCAUGGCAGCGACGGUCUUUGGAAUCUUUGUCAUGCGACAUGAAGGAGCAGAGCCUGGUGAUGACCCUGAGGAUGUUGGAAUCAUUCUGGAGGGGGUGGAAGUACUCAAAGAGUUGGCGGGGGUAAGAGGUUUUGACAAUCUGUCAGGGACUCCUUCGCGCCUUUACUGA